CCGGCGGAGGGGCAGCGAGGGAGCGGAGAGAAAGUUUGAGCGUUCUUCCCGUGGGCUUGAUUUUGUUGCACGUCCCCGGGGUUUGUGUGCGUAGUAUAGGAAGAGGAGGGAGUAAGGAGUAAGGAAGCGCUGGUGUCGGGUUAGCGCCCCAGCGAAAAGGCGAGAGGGAGGCAGACCAGGAGAGAGGCCGAAAAACGGUUGCGCACUCGCUUUUGUGUGUGCGCAAUUUUUUGCUGACGGGGCGCGAGCGAACGAGCGGGGCACACCACCACCGCGGUCGCCGCAGGAGGGGGNGGGGGGGGGGGGGGGGGGGGGGGGGGGGGGGGGGGGGGGGGGCAGUGAGGACACACUCGCAUGUCGUCGGCCACCCGGGCGGGUUUGAGCCCCAAUGGAAGCCCCAAGCCCAAGCAGGGGGAGCUGUCGGCUCUCCAGGCCGCGGCGCAGAGGGAAAUCGCCGCCGCCGCCGGAGCGGGGGCGGUGGACGCGUCGACGGGGAUGGCGGUAGGGCACGUGUCGAACUACCUGUCGCUGCGGCUGGACCGGCCCCUAGAGGGGUGCCAGCUGCGUCCACGGGUGUACGUGUACUCGAAGCUCAUGACCACGACCGGGGUGGCGAACAAGGCCUACAGCAACACGGACCACCGCUUCCAGUACACGUGGAGUCGAGGGCCAGAGCGACAGGUCUGCGCUAACGCGAGCUGUCCGCGAGCCAACAGCUUCAGCCCGUUGGAGUGGUCCAAGUGGGCUCUGCAGGGAACCCGCAUCCAGUGCGUCCCGUGCCACAAGCUCAGGGUCCCGCGCCACCGCUCGGUGUUCUGCAACGUGACAUGUUUCAAGGAGGCCUGGAAGAGCCACCAGCAGCACCACGAGCACGUCCGGCGGCAGCAGGCGCUGGCCACGGGGAAGGAGCAGCCACCAGCGGCCUCGGAGUUUUCCCUGAGCCCGAAGAAGGCAGUAGUCGUUGCCGGGGCAGGGGGGGAAGGGGAAGGGGGGGAGGACUUGCUCAAGCCGGAGGAGGAGGAGGAUGUUCCCAUCAACGCGCAAGUGAUGGACGAAGAGGAGGAGUGGACGAAGAUCUCUACGGACAGCCUGUACACGCCGAAGGAGGAAGACGUGGGGCACUGCCUCCGCCUGGAGUGCCGGGCGGUGUUGCCCACGGGGGAGGAGGUCUGCACCCCCAGGAUGAUCACCACGGAGCCUGUGCUUUCAACUCCGCCGCUUCCGCCACGGCGAUCGUUGGUGACGGUCAAGGGGGUUGGGAGCGGCGGGGGAGUACGGUUUCGGCUGUGCUCGUACAACCUGCUGGCGGAGAUUUACGCGACGCAGCAGGCUUAUCCGUAUUGCGACUUCUGGGCGCUGUCUUGGGGGUACCGCAAGACCAACCUGCUGCGGGAGCUGCUGGAAGCGGGGGCCGACGUGCUGUGCUUGCAGGAGGUGCAGUCGGACGCGUACCAGCAGUUCUUUCAGCCCCACCUCUCGGAGAAGGGGUACGACGGUCUGUACAAGGCCAAGACGAGGGAGGGGGCAAUGGGGAAGGUGGACGGGUGCGCCAUGUUCUGGCGGCGGGCGAAAUUCCGGCUGUCGGAGAACUACACGGUCUCGUUCAACGAGUGCGCGAGGCGGGCCGUUGCGGCGAUGCCGGGCCUACCCCAGGAGGAGGGGCACCACUUCCUUAUGCGAGUCAGCAAGGACAACGUGGCACAGGUGGGAUGUUGGGACACAGCAGGGUAA